CUUAAACCGAAGCAAUAAAACAUAAACUCAAUCAAGAUCAAGUUUUUCUAUAUGGUUCUCCAUCUUCCCCUCCCCUUCAGAAAUCUCUUCUCCAACCCAUUGAACUUCGAUUUUAAUUUCAGGGUUUUACACUCUGAUGAUUUGACAUUCUAGGGUUUCAAUUCGUUCGGGACAAAGAGAAAGAGAAGUUUCUUUUUGAGGGGCCGUGAAAUGGAAGCCAGAGUCGGUGUGUCUAGUCAUGGGGGUAUGGUGGACGGUGGUGCGAGGAAGUUAUUGCACCACCACCACCACUCACAGCAGCCACCGAAACAGCCUGUGCAUCAACAGUCUCAGAUUGGGACGGUGCAUCAGCUUCUUGCUGGUGGUAUUGCUGGAGCUUUUAGCAAGACUUGUACGGCACCUUUAGCUCGCCUCACCAUUCUAUUCCAGGUACAAGGAAUGCACUCCGAUGUUGCAGUGAUGAGCAAGCCUAGCAUGUGGCAUGAGGCUUUGCGGAUUGUUAAUGAAGAAGGCUUUAGGGCGUUUUGGAAAGGGAAUCUUGUUACCAUUGCUCAUCGUCUUCCUUAUUCUUCUAUCAACUUCUAUGCCUAUGAACGUUACAAAAGUUUGUUAAAAUCAAUUCCAGGCUUGGAGGGUCAUAGUGGAAGUGCAAGUACAGAUAUUGGUGUACACUUUAUUGGUGGUGGUUUGGCAGGAAUAACAGCUGCUUCUGCCACGUACCCACUGGAUCUUGUCAGGACACGCCUUGCAGCACAGAGAAAUGCAAUAUACUACAAGGGGAUUUGGCAUGCGUUUCAUACCAUUUGCAGAGAUGAAGGGUUUUGUGGACUCUAUAAAGGACUUGGAGCUACGUUGUUGGGCGUUGGACCCAGUAUAGCUAUUAGCUUUUCCGUUUAUGAGACCUUAAGGACUUAUUGGCAUUCUCAAAGGCCCGAUGAUUCUACUGCCAUUGUCAGCCUUGCUUGUGGCAGUCUUUCAGGCAUUGCAUCGUCAACAGUGACAUUUCCUUUGGAUCUUGUGAGGCGAAGGAUGCAGUUGGAAGGGGCUGCUGGCCGAGCCCGUGUUUACAACACUGGCCUAUUUGGAACAUUUAAGCACAUAUUCUGUACCGAAGGCCUGCGCGGCUUGUAUAGAGGGAUUAUGCCAGAAUACUACAAGGUUGUCCCCAGUGUAGGAAUUGUUUUCAUGACCUAUGAGACACUAAAGAAGCUUCUAUCAGAUGGGCUGUUUAAUUCUUAGUUGCCAUUGCAUCUGGGUGCUGCCUUUCCACCAUCAAUUUUGUAGCUCAUCCGUCUCCAGACGUAGAAGAUAAGAGGAUCAAUUUUUCUCAUGAUAAAGGUUGGUAGAAGAUUACUAAUUUAUGUGGUAUUUGUUUAAGAUAUUGCGUGGUGGUAAAUUUUGCGGUUGCUGCCAUGAAAGAUAUAUUUCUGAUGUAUAGUCUAUUAAACAGCAUGGUCCCUCACUUCAAAUGUAUCCCUUUCCAAUACAUAUUUAAAUCUUCGAUACGUGAGUAAAGUUCCAUUUUGUCGAUGAUUGUAUCAUAAAGAAGUUUUGUUUGUUGAAGCUUGUUAUGUUUUCUGCCUGUGCGGAAUUAGGUCUCCUAACU